AUGCUUGCAUUAAAUGGAAGUGAUCUUGCAGACUUUGUGGAGAGAUCUUCCAUUGAACUUGAGGUAGAAGAGGAAAAGACUUCAUGGAGGAAGAAAGAUUUUCAAGCUCAAAGAAUGCUGGUUGACUCCGUGAAAGAUCAUAUUGUACCUAUCAUCUCUAAGCUGAAGACUGCCAGCGAAAUGUUCAAGACAUUGGAAGAGAUGUACAAAAUCAACAACACCAGCCGUGCCCUAGCUUUGAAGCAGCAGCUUCAUCACAUCAAGAUGAUGAAAGGUGAAUCUGUCAUAGCAUACUUCAUGAGAAUUUCAGAUUUGAGAGAUCAGCUCUCAUCCAUUGGGAAGGUUGUUGAUGACAGUGACUUGACCAUGCUUGCCCUCAAUGGUCUUCCGGCAUCUUGGGAGUCUUACAUUCAAGGAAUCAGUGCAAGACCAGAUCUUCCCAAGUUCGAUCGUUUGAGAGCAGAUUGCAUACAAGAAGAGUCACGAUUGAUAGCAAGAGGAAUUGAGCGUGAUCAUUAUGAUGUAGACAAUCAAGUCCUUGAUUUGCAUAUGGUUAAAGGCAAAGGAAGGAAGUGGGAUAGAGAUAGAGAUUCAGAUGCUGCCCCUAAGAAAAGGAAGAAGGACUUAUCUCACAUCCACAUUGCAAGUACAGGAGACAGAAACGUCUGUUUGGACAUUCAAAGAUUUAAGCUUGUGACAGACUGUUUACAGUCACAUUGA